AACCCAGGAGGCUGAGGUUGCAGUGAGCUGAGCUCUAACCAUUGCACUCCAGCCUGGGUGACAAGAGCAAAACUCCAUCUCAAAAACAAAAAAAAAGUUUAUAAUUUGAUUUGCUUUCAUUAUGCUUGCUUUCCUUAUGGAUGAAUAAAUUCAGAUUCAUAUUUUUAUUUUGGUAUCAAAAGAUUUAACUAUAGGUCAGUUGUGAGACUGUCUCAAAAAAAAAACUGUAGAAUGUGAAUCAUUUCAAAGAAAUGUGGAAAUUUACAUAUAAUCACAUUUAUCAAUAUAUAGUUUUUAGUAUGUAGUACAUUAUCUUCAAAAUAAUGUAUCUUAAUUAGUUCUGUAUAACUUUCCAGUUGAUUAAAGAUCUGGUACCAUUGUAUUAUGCAGUACCAGAAAUGACCUGUAUUUUUUGCUUACUAACUUCUUUCAUGUUUUACUUACAGGCAUUUUUUUACCAUCUACAGAAACUUAUUAUAAUUCAUUUUUCCUCACUCCAGUAGUAAGAAUUACACCAAGUAAGUGGACUGUAUUGAAACUAAGUAAUUUUAUAAGUUAAUGAGAAUUUAAUUGGACAAUGGUUGCUGCACCUGUUGUGUUCUCAGUGGAACGUUGAAUGUGACCUCAUAAAUAGGAAAAUGAUUUUUUUCUUGAAAAUUAUUUAUAUUCUGAUCUAUGUGAUGAGUACUUUUUUCUGGAAGCCAGGAGGCUGGUACAUAUUUGUGAUGAUAUUUUUUUUUUUAAAGGAAAUGUCUCCACCUUUAGCUUGAAAACUACGUGAAAAUAUUUCCAAUGAUUGAAAAGAUAUGAAUGAGUAUCCUAAAAAAAGAAAAAGGAAGACUCUACACCCUUCUCGUUAUUCAGAUUCCUCUGGAAUAAGCAGAAUUGCAGAUGGAUUCAAUGGAAUUUUCUCUGAUCAUUGUUACAGUGUCUGUUCUAUGAGACAGCCAGAUUUAAAAUAUUUUGACAACAAAGAUGAUGAUUCUGAUACCGAGACAUCAAAUGACUUGCCAAAAUUUGCGGAUGGAAUCAAGGCCAGAAACAGAAAUCAGAACUACCUGGUUCCCAGUCCUGUACUUAGAAUUCUAGACCACACUGCCUUUUCUACAGAAAAAUCUGCUGAUAUUGAAAUUUGUGAUGAAGAGUGUGACUCACCUGAAUCAGUCAACCAGCAAACCCAAGAGGAGAGUCCUAUAGAAGUUCACACUGCUGAAGAUGUUCCAAUUGCUGUAGAAGUGCAUGCAAUUUCUGAGGAUUAUGAUAUAGAGACAGAAAACAAUUCCUCUGAGAGUCUCCAAGACCAAACUGAUGAAGAACCACCAGCUAAACUUUGUAAAAUUCUUGACAAGAGCCAAGCUUUGAAUGUGACUGCCCAGCAGAAAUGGCCUUUACUGAGAGCUAAUAGCAGUGGCCUCUAUAAAUGUGAACUUUGUGAGUUUAACAGCAAAUAUUUUUCUGACUUAAAGCAGCAUAUGAUCCUGAAGCAUAAACGUACUGAUUCAAAUGUAUGUCGAGUGUGCAAGGAAAGUUUCUCUACCAAUAUGCUUCUGAUAGAACAUGCCAAACUACAUGAAGAGGAUCCCUACAUUUGUAAAUACUGUGAUUAUAAGACAGUAAUUUUUGAGAACCUCAGCCAGCACAUUGCAGACACCCAUUUUAGUGAUCACCUCUAUUGGUGUGAACAGUGUGAUGUACAGUUCUCCUCAAGCAGUGAACUCUACCUACAUUUCCAGGAGCAUAGCUGUGAUGAACAGUACUUGUGUCAGUUCUGUGAACAUGAAACUAAUGAUCCAGAAGACUUGCAUAGCCAUGUGGUAAAUGAGCAUGCAUGUAAAUUAAUAGAGUUAAGUGAUAAGUAUAACAAUGGAGAACAUGGACAGUAUAGCCUCUUAAGCAAAAUUACCUUUGACAAAUGUAAAAAUUUCUUUGUAUGUCAAGUAUGUGGUUUUCGGAGUAGACUUCAUACGAAUGUUAACAGGCAUGUUGCUAUUGAACAUACUAAAAUUUUUCCUCAUGUUUGUGAUGACUGUGGGAAAGGCUUUUCAAGUAUGCUAGAAUAUUGCAAGCAUUUAAAUUCACAUUUAUCUGAAGGGAUUUAUUUAUGUCAAUAUUGUGAAUAUUCAACAGGACAAAUUGAAGAUCUUAAAAUUCAUCUAGAUUUCAAGCACUCAGCUGACUUGCCUCAUAAAUGUAGUGACUGCUUGAUGAGGUUUGGAAACGAAAGGGAAUUAAUAAGUCACCUUCCAGUCCAUGAGACAACUUGAUUAUUGUCUUUAACUUACAGAAAGUUUAAAAUAAUAAAUUCAGCCUUUUUUUGGAGAUGAUUAAAUGGAUGAUUGUAAACACAACUUAUGAAAUUUGCCUUUAACAGGUAACUUUUGUAAAUUAUAAAAUUUUAUUGGCAUUCCUCCAUUUUCAGUAUAUAAAUAUAUCUUUAAUGUGGUAUUUUCAAUUGCGUGAUAGUUUGUAGUUUUAACCACUCCUGGUGACUGUCAUCCUGUUUCUUGCAUGUGCUCGAUUUCAUGAAUUGAAAAGAAACAAAUGUAUUGAAAUGAGCUGCAGUUUUUCUUCCUUAACCGUGGGUGCUAGUAACUUUUUCUUUUUAAAACUCAAGACAAUAUUAGUUUUUUUGUGUAUGAAGUCAUUACAUUAUUACACGACUAGAACUAAAAUGCAAUAUACAAUUAAGUCCACGGAUACUCUCAUUAAUAAGAAAUAACACUAGGAAGCCACUGUUAUUACAGAAAGAAAAGAUUUGGUUUUCAUGGCAGUCUGUUUUUUAAAAAAAAAUUUUUUGAGCCCCCGUCUAUUGUUGAAUAUUUUAAGAUGGGAUGAGGGAGGAACUAAUAAGGGCUUACACAAUAAUAAAUAACUAU